GCUGAAGUAAGUUUUUACUUUAUAAAGUAAAUCCAAUUACUUACCUAGGGGGACAUCCCAGAUUGGGUUUUCCUCUUCUGGUGAAUCAAGGCUUUCAUCACGUGCACAAUCUUCUAAAUCCAUGUUUAUUUGCACGUUUGAGUUGUCUGGUGUUGUAUCAUGUUUGGUCCAAGCUCCAUCACGAAAAAAUAUUUUUUUGUGACGAUAAAAAUUGGCAUGGGAAACAAAAUCGUUGCAGUGAUCACAAAACCGCCGUGCUCUCUUUCUUCUUACUAAAUCCACUGACGACCUUAAACGCUCUUCCAUGAUGACACGCAACAUAUCAGACAGUAUAAUUUUCCUACAGAUAUAAAUACAAACCACAUGGAAGCGGUGGGCGGGGUGUCGCGGAAAGCAUCCAAUGGGGAAGGUUGUGUUUGUAAAGUAUCCACUCAUAACAGAGUUCCGGCCAUUAUGUCGGUGACGUAAAGGAAUGCAACCAAUGACAUUACAGUAUCAUUCGCGCGAACACAAUUUAAAUUGUCGGCAUUGUGUACGGAAGUCAUUUUUUGCGACUUGGUGAAACUGACUGUUGUUUGCGAUGGCGUGUAAAAGAAACCUGAGUUUUACUACUCCCGUGAGUAGUAGGGCUUUGCAACCAGCAGCAAGCCCACUGAGCAUAAAUGAUUUGAUGAAACAGCUGAUCUCCGGUCAGAACGCUUUGUCUCGUCAGCUUGAGGGUUUGAUGGAGAAGCAAGCUGCAAACACUGUUCUUCUCGAAGAUGCUAUCCAGCGUCUUUUUGCUCUUGAGCGAAAGUUUGACCAGCAAACGCUGCAAGAGGAACAAAGACCACGGGAAGAGCCAUUACAUAAAAGGAUAAAGAGGGCGCACAACGUGGGCAUUGCGUUGUCCGGCAUUAUAACAGUUUGUCACGUCUGAAGCUGUAAGGCGCCUUCACAAUUCGGAAAACAACCCACAUAAAUAUGAUCCACAAACUGGAAUAAGUUCACCUCAUAACCAAGCAGUCAUGACUUAUCUGCUAGAGGAAUUAAAAACAACUUUUGCAGAUGCAGACCCUGAGUGUAUACAAGCGUGCUGCAAGACAUACUUUGAGACACUUCGGAGAAAAUACAAUUUGUCUCAGCCAGAAAAGUCCCAGCUGAGAGAGGCCAUUAAAACAGGAGCUAAAAACCGACAAAGGAAAAGACGGUUGCUGGAUUCCAGGUCCAAGAUGGUUCAAACUGAUGCGGAGAGAGAGCUUUGGCAGACUGCAACAGUGGAGCUGAUGUCUGACGAGGAGGAUGCUAUUAUUGAUGGAAGGCCAGUUUGGAUUGUGAGGUCUCCUUCUCACAGGAACCCACAUUUGUCAGAACUUUGUGAGCAGCUUCAGCGCAGAUUGGAGGCAGACAUGCGCUACUCUCUUUUGCAUCAUCAGCGUGUUAAGGCUGAUGGAAAUGGACAUGAUGGACCUUCCUUUAUCCAACUUUAAAUAAACUGCACUGUUUUGCAAUUUUAAUAAUUGCACCACCAACUUCACACUUUAACUUUUUCUCUUCUGUUUUAUCUUAUUCUUUGUAUUCUUAUUAGGUUAGACUUAUUUAGUUUCAUAUUAUGCUACUUUUUUUCUUUUAAUAUUGUUUGCUGUGUUUGGUUACAUUUUAAAUACUUUGUGCUGUGUGUACAUAUUAAGUAGUUUAUUUAGUUUAAUAUUCUAUAACUGUUAUAAUAUUGUUUGUGUUUAGUAAAAUUUUAUAAAAGUACUUUGCUUUGUGUACAUAUUUUGUUUUAUAUUCUGUAACUGUUAUAAUAUCCUUGUUUAGUAAAAUUUUAUAAAAGUACUUUGCUUUGUGUACAUAUUUUGUUUUAUAUUCUGUA